AUGGAAGAAGCUAUGAAGUCUCUUCCCGGAGAUGCUCGUACACUGUUGCAAACGCCUAGGAAAUCAAAAAUUAUUCCUAUGGAGCAUGGCCAAUAUACUCAUUUCGGUAUUCCGGAGGGCAUACGUUACAUUAUAGAAACUAGUGGAACCAUUACACGUCUACCUGAAGAAAUUCAUUUGUCCUUCAACAUAGACGGAUUACCGCUUACUAAAAGUUCGAAGAGUCAAUUAUGGCCAAUUCUGGGAUGUUUUAGACAUUUUAAAAACAAGUCACCGUUUAUCAUUGGAGCGUUUCAUGGAUAUAAAAAACCUCCAGAAGCGGAUGUAUUUUUAAAAUACUUCAUCGAGGAAGCUGAAAUGCUUGCAGAGAAUGGUUUUACUUGGACAGAUACUACUAGUAAAUUUAUAAUUGAUUGCUUUAGAUGUAAUGCUCCUGCAAGAGCAUAUAUCUGCUGCAUCAAAAGCCACGGGGGAUAUUAUGCAUGUGGCAAAUGCGAAACCAAAGACAAAUUUAUUGGUAAAGUAAUUUAUCCGGAAAUGAACGCUCCAUUACGAACAGCGGAAUCAUUUAUAACUCAAUCGCAACCAGAGCAUCAUAUUGGCAUAAGUCCCUUAUUAGACUCAAUAUCAAGCGAUGCGGUAGCGUCGCGACGCCAGCUUUCGAUUGCGACCGGUCCGAAUGAAAUCGGUUCAGUCAAUCCCGAGAUUUCGACAGCGAGUCUAUGA